CCUCAAGAGGCGGGAUACCCCACCCCCUCCCUCUUUCAAAACAUUGAAACAAAUAACGGCUGAUGGAUGGGCGCUAUCUCACGCAUCGCCUCCUCUUGCUUCAUGUACAUUUUCUUGAAGCAAGUAGUUACACUGCCAACCUUUACUGUGGAGGACAACCCGCCAAAUCCUCACAAUCUCAGCCCACCCAGGACCGACCAAGAUGGUGCUGUUCACCCACUUAUAGCCCAGGCACAUACCCCAAUACCUGGCUUGCUGGUGUUUGUGCUUUCCAAUAAACAAUGGAGAGCACAAGAGAUACUCGAUUUUAAUAUUCCUGGUCUCAGAUCGAUUCUCCUAAGUGCGAAGUGAGCGGCCCGGCUUUACCAUUGCACAAAAUCACGGCGACGUUCUGUGCUCAAGUAUCAACCCAUUUAUAGCUGCAAUCUGAUAUUCAGGCCAUGGAUGUUCACAAAUCAGUUCAAGGACUACUCGCAUCUCCAUUCUUACCUGGUAUCUUCCGA